AUGAUUCCUAACUGUCGGCACCAUCAUCAACUAUUAGAAAGUGACCCAAACUGUGCCAAAACACAACCCUCGACUCCUCGACGGCGAAGAAAUCGUUCAUUUACACCAAGCAGUUCCCCUUCUCUGUCCAUGUGUCAACAUAAUCUCCAUUCUCAGAACUCUGUGACAAUCGAUGUGCCUAUUGAAUAUCUUGAGGAUGCACCUCCCGUUGACGAUGACGGAAAUUCACCAUUCACCAUUUCCGAAGAUUUCCAUUCCCAUGCUCCAAGGGACUGCCUAUACUCUUCCUAUCUGCGCCAUCGUCUUCGAGAGACUAGAACAAGUAGCCUGGAUGACGAUACUUUACAGAACUUUCAACACCCCAAAUGUGUACUUGGUGCACGUCGAAGAAAUCCAUUUAUAUGUAAAGCGCUAUCGAUCGAUAAUCCAUAUUUCGAAGAAACAUUUGGUGACUCCCACUUCCAAAGCGUGCAUGGACGACCUUCCGAAAAACCCUACCUCCAAAGUAUUCAAAGUUGUACAGCUGAGGAGGAGGAUGAUUCAGAUAAAGUAGAUCCUGCUUCUGAUCUCCCCUUCUCCAAUCCCAGAUCCGAACUCGUUCUAAAUACACCUGCAAUGGAUCUGAACUCAGCCCCUCAGGCACCUGGCAGAAUCUACAAACCUCGUUUGCACAGAUCAGUUACCAUUGGAGCCGGAGAUUCAAAUGUUGAUGAAAUUGACGUCGCUAACUCUCCUACUCUUCAUUCUCAAGUCACACCUCAAUUUCGUACUCGAGGUGCACUUCAAAAGAUUCGAUGGACUUCUAGAAUUGCGCGGAUGAAGUCCCUUCAGAGAAGUCGUACCAUUGAUACUAGGGGAAAUACAGUUCAAUGGAAUCGUGGAUCUCUAGUAAUUAGUCCAGAUAUAACUGUUAGGACAAGUGAGGAUGAACUUAGUGAAUUUCAGCAUCUUCCUGAUUCACGAGAGAACCUCAGUUCCAGAUCCCCUAAAGAUACAGUCCAGCACGAACAUUUGCUCAAGCAUCCGAGUUUAUCAAAAAGGUCACGGUUAGAUGCUGGAACGCAAUAUUAUUCCCAAUCUUCAUCAAUUGAUGCUGAUCAGGUUUGUCCAGCUGAGAUGGGCAAAAAACUAAAGGUUUCAAUAAGUUUUGCUACAAGUCAGACUAAUGAUACCGGUUUGGAAGCCCAAGCAUCAGUUGAAAGUCAAAUUCCUUCAAAUGCUGCUGCUAUGGCAGACGGAUAUGUUGAAGAACUCUGCGAUCCCAGCAAACAGAGCACAUCCAGUUACUUGAAGGAGCAGUUCUUCGCUUUUUUUCAACCCUCUGAUAACAAAUUGGCAAUGAAGCUUUUUGGAAGCAAAAGUGCACUAAACAAAGAGAAACGGAGACAACAGCAACAUGGAAAGUGGAUUAUUCAUCCGUGCAGUAGUUUUCGAUUUUACUGGGAUCUUCUUAUGCUCACCCUCCUAAUAGCAAACCUCAUUAUACUUCCUGUGGCCAUAUCAUUCUUCAAUGAUGACCUUCGACCACAAUGGGUAGUUUUCAACACUGUUUCCGACGCAGUCUUCAUAGCGGAUAUUGUGGUUAAAUUUCGCACAGGUAUCAUAACAAACGAUUAUGCCGACGAUAUCAUACUUGAUCCGAAGGAAAUCGCUCGUCAAUAUGUGCGAUCGUGGUUCCUUCUUGAUUUCAUUAGCUCAAUUCCCCUGGAUUACAUCUUCCGAGUGCUCAAUAAACAUGAAAGCUACAAUCAAAUUUUUUCUGCAGGUCGAACGCUACGAAUCUUGCGACUAGCCAAAUUGCUCAGUAUGAUCCGGCUUUUACGACUAUCCCGACUGGUGAGAUAUGUCAGUCAAUGGGAAGAGUUUCUCAAUAUCGCUAGCAAGUUCAUGGGUAUUUUCAAUCUUGUUUUACUCAUGCUUCUACUUGGGCACUGGAAUGCUUGCCUUCAAUUUCUUAUUCCUUUGCUCAUGGACUAUCCCGAGGACUCCUGGGUUCAACGGUGCCGUCUUAGGGAUGCUGACUGGUUCGAGCAGUACACGUGGGCGCUAUUCAAAGCCAUGUCACACAUGCUGUCAAUCGGGUAUGGACGCUUUCCUCCAACAAGUAUAAGCGAGGCAUGGAUAACCAUCGUGAGUAUGAUGACUGGAGCCACUUGCUAUGCCCUUUUCGUGGGUCAUGCCGCUGCUCUUAUUCAGUCUUUCGAUACUUCGAAACGAUUGUAUCGAGAAAAGUUUAAGCAAGUUGAGGAGUACAUGGCCUAUAGGAAACUACCACGAGCCCUUCGCCAACGCAUUGCCGAUUACUAUGAACAUAGGUACCAAGGCAAAAUGUUCGACGAAGCGCAAAUACUGCAAGAACUCUCAGAAUGCUUACGAGAGCAAAUUAUCAAUUACAACUGCCGGGAACUUGUUGCCGCGGUGCCCUUCUUCACUUAUGCCGAUCAAGAUUUUGUUUCAGAGAUGGUGGCGAAUCUGAAAUUUGAAGUCUUUCAACCCGGUGAUCUGAUUAUUAAAGAGGGUACCAUCGGCACCAAGAUGUAUUUCAUUCAAGAAGGAAUUGUUGAUAUUAUAACCAAGGAUGGAGAAAUUGCCACAACCUUGUCCGACGGCUCGUAUUUUGGCGGUAUGUCUUUCCUUCAAGUUAUUUUUAUGAAGAAAAACUGUUAUUGA